GGUUUACUACAAUAUACUUCAUCCGUUUAGAAAUAGUUGCACCAUUUGCAUAGUGUUUAAUGUUUACUAUUUACAUCUUACACUUUGAUUAUCUUUGGUGAUUUAUAUUUUAGGAAAAAUAUAGUCAUAUGGGACCUUGUUAGAUUCGUUUCAAUGUGUAUUUUUUUAAUAUUAAUUUUUUUAUAAUUUUUACUCAUUGAUAAUUGCAAAUAUUAAUGUUUGAAACCAUGUAUCAGCGCACGUGAAAACAUGAAAUGAGGAAAAGAGGAGUGCAAUAUCAAUAUGGCAAGUCAAACCAUCUCAUCUUUUCUUUCUCGUGCAUUGCUGUCUUCAACUCGUUCUUUUUCUCAUGGUAGAGCUUCUCAGUUGAGAAGAGUAGUCUGCAAAUACAGCACAACUGCUGCCAUUGAAGAGCCCAUCAUUCCACCUGUGAAGGUGAAAUAUUCACAACUUCUUAUUAAUGGAAAAUUUGUGGAUUCAGCAUCAGGUAAAAAGUUCAAGACAUGUGAUCCUAGAACAGGAAAUGUGAUUGCUGAGGUUUCUGAGGGUGAUGCUGAGGAUAUCGAUCGUGCUGUUGCUGCUGCUCGCAAAGCUUUUGAUGAAGGGCCUUGGCCUAAGAUGACUGCUUAUGAAAGGUCACAAAUCCUGUUGAAGUUUGCUGAUCUACUUGAGCAGCAUACUGAUGAGAUUGCUGCUCUUGAGACAUGGGACAAUGGAAAGCCAUACGAACAAGCUGCUAAAAUCGAACUACCAAUGUGUGUUCGUAUAAUGAGAUAUUAUGCUGGAUGGUCAGAUAAAAUCCAUGGUCUAACUGCACCGGCUGAUGGACCAUUCCAUGUACAAACACUACAUGAACCAAUAGGUGUAGCAGGGCAAAUAAUCCCAUGGAAUUUCCCUCUUCUCAUGUUUGUGUGGAAGAUAGGACCUGCCUUAGCUUGUGGCAAUUCCAUUGUUAUGAAGACAGCUGAACAAACGCCAUUGACUGCACUUUAUGCAGCAAAGCUUCUCCAUGAGGCGGGACUUCCUGACGGUGUCCUAAAUAUUGUCUCUGGUUAUGGUCCUACUGCUGGUGCAGCUCUUGCAUCUCAUAUGGAUGUGGAUAAGUUGGCCUUUACUGGAUCAACCGAGAUUGGAAAACUGGUGCUUGAAAUGGCAGCCAAGAGUAAUCUGAAGCCAGUGACUUUGGAGCUUGGAGGAAAAUCUCCUUUCAUUGUAUGCAAGGAUGCUGAUAUAGACAAGGCAGUUGAACUUGCUCAUUUUGCCCUAUUCUUCAAUCAGGGACAAUGCUGCUGUGCUGGCUCUCGUACAUACGUACAUGAAAGCGUAUAUGAUGAGUUUGUUGCGAAAGCAAAGGCUCGUGCCAUGCAGCGUGUUGUUGGUGAUCCUUUCAGGAAAGACAUUGAGCAAGGUCCUCAGAUCGAUUCAGAGCAAUUCGAGAAGGUUAUGCGAUAUAUAAGAUCAGGUAUCGAAAAUGGAGCUAAGCUCGAAACAGGAGGAGAACAGUUUGGAUCAAAGGGAUACUACAUUCAACCCACUGUUUUCUCCAAUGUCAAUGAAGACAUGUUGAUUGCACAAGAUGAGAUAUUUGGUCCUGUUCAAUCUAUCUUCAAAUUCAAGGACUUAGAAGAGGUGGUUCGUCGAGCCAAUAACACCCGCUAUGGGCUAGCAGCCGGAGUGUUCACCCAGGACAUUGACACUGCUAAUACCUUAUCUCGUGCAUUACGAGUUGGCACGGUUUGGGUGAAUUGCUUUGAUAUCUUUGAUGCAGGCAUUCCAUUUGGUGGGUACAAAAUGAGUGGACAAGGAAGGGAGAAGGGCAUAUACAGUUUGAUGAACUACCUUCAAGUCAAGGCUGUAGUUACUCCUUUGAAGAAUCCUGCAUGGCUGUAGAAGACAUACAUAAGAUACAAGGGCUGGCAAUUCGUGCCAGUGGGUCGUGUUCGUGUUUGGUUUCGUGUCUAUUUCGAGUUGACCCCCAAAUGUAUCAUAAAUGAUAUAAAAAGUGGAAUAGUUGCAUAAUAUGACAAUUGUAACUAAUCGGGUUGACUUCGUGUCAUUCGUGUUCGUGUUUUCUUAGUAACUUCAGGUCGGGUUUGUGUCAUGUUAUUAGGUCGUGUCAGGGAUUGCCAGCCCUAUAAGAUACUACUCUCUCCGUUUCCGGAAGUUCUUCAUUCUUUGACUUAUUUCCUCUCAUAAAAAGAUUCGAAGUGGGAACAACAAAAUAAAACGGAUAGAGCAAGUAUUUUGUUGUGAUAUCCUACGGCAUUUUUCUACCGACUGAAAUAAAAAUGGGGUUUUGUUUGUCUUGAUUUUA